AUGACCAGAAUUUUUGGGCUAUCAACUACAGUUAUUGCCGUUCUUUUUCUAGCAUGUCCUUUUUUGACCUGGGCGUUCCAAUGGAAUGAUCAGUUCAACUUCAUACACGCAAUCACUGAAGUGAGGGAAAUGACUGGCGCCGAUGUCAAGGACUAUCUUGGCCAGUUGCCGGUGAAGGAAGACGAAAUCAAGAACUCUGUUGAAAAAUUCUUCACAUAUUUGGAUAGCAAAGACAUAACAAACACAAUCAGCCAGUUCCAUCCACAAGGUGUGCUCAUGUUCUGGGGACAGACUUCGCAGGGAGAAGGUAUUCGCCAGCAUAUGCAAUCUUUGAUGAGUCACAUGGGAACAAACUGCAACACAAAAAUUGAUACAUUGAGGUGCUAUCAACUAUCAGACGACAUAGUUGAGGUUGGAUGUCAUGGUGAAAUGUCUCAAAACCUCCAGGGGCAGGAUAGGGUAGACAAAUUCAUCGUGGUGAUGACUCUGGAGAAACAAGGGGGCAAGGUAAAGAUCUGCAAAUUGAUGAAAGCAAGGAUGGAACCGCAAGCUGGAUCAAUUGUUCCUUCAAUGAAAGAAAGGAUGGACCCGGCAGCUGGAUCAAUUGUUCCUUCAAUUAAGGCAACAGCAUCUCGGGUUGGUUCGAGUUUGGGACAAUGGCUGAGAGGCAAAAUGGGCGGUCCCAAUAGUCACUGA